AUGUCAUACGGAAGAGAAGACACUACGAUUGAGCCCGACUUCAUAGAACCAGAUGCACCUUUGGCUGCUUCCGGGGGUGUUGCUGACAACAUAGGCGGAACUAUGCAGAAUUCAGGCAGCAGAGGGACGCUCGACGAGACUGUGCUGCAAACACUAAAGCGAGAUGUGGUGGAGAUUAAUUCCAGACUGAAACAAGUGGUAUACCCGCAUUUCCCCUCAUUCUUUAGCCCCUCUGAUGACGGGAUAGGGGCGGCUGAUAACGACAUUUCAGCCAAUUGCGACCUGUGGGCGCCCCUUGCGUUUAUCAUAUUGUAUUCUCUAUUUGUAUCGCAUGCGCGGUCGCUGUUCUCGAGCCUAUUUGUGUCUAGUUGGUUCAUUUUGCUGGUGAUGGCAUUGCAUCUGAGACUCACCAAGCCACACCAGAGGGUGUCGCUGAUUUCGUACAUCUCCAUUUCCGGGUAUUGCUUAUUCCCACAAGUGCUGAAUGCCUUAGUCUCGCAGAUACUACUUCCAUUGGCCUACCAUAUUGGAAAGCAAAAUCGCUGGAUUGUGAGGGUCCUGUCGCUCGUGAAACUGGUGGUCAUGGCGCUGUGCCUGAUGUGGUCUGUGGCCGCCGUUUCGUGGGUUACCAAGAGCAAGACCAUUAUCGAGAUAUACCCUCUGGCACUCUGUCUUUUUGGCAUGGCCUGGUUGUCAACUAUUUUAUAA